AUGGGGUCGAAGAGUCGGUCUUUAGGUGCGGGCAGAGUCGAGAAAUCGGGGCGGCCGUUGGAGGAUAGUUCCGGUAGCCGGCAGGACAGAACCCGUCACAGGAAGAGCAACAACACUCCGAAAAAGGCUGUUACCGGUUAUUCCUCUAAAGUUGUGUCCUCUAAGAGGGUAGUCUACCGCUCGUCGCCGUUACGAAAAUCAAAACCAUCACCGGUCAACGAACUUGAUAUAUUGGCAUUAAGUCAAAAAGAACAGCAGUCUAAGUCAGGAAACCGUGGAAAAGAUGGCACUCAUAAUCGUUCUGAAAGAAUGCAGUAUCGUCAGUUUGCUGGCAUAAUGGAUAGGCGUGGAUUUUUGGGCUCAAGAAACAGUGGAUUUGGAAUGAGGCAAGGAAUGGAAUAUCGUCGCACUCCGAUGUAUCCGCUGCGACGCGGCAUUGGAGGAGGCGACUUGGCCGAUCAGCGUACAUACUACGGGCGUAAUAGUCGUCAGUCAUAUCAGCGAGGGAAUGAGCAGAACAAAUCAACAAACGAUGAAGAGAAGCCGGUGAUGAAUCUGUUCGAUCCGUGUAAAGUUCCUACAGGACGCUCUUAUUUUACGCAUGAUGAUCGAGCUACAAAAUCAGUGCGCAUAUCUCGGUCAAGAUACUCGGCUUUUACUGAUAGUGGUUGGCAAUCGCUACCAGUUGGUUGGCGCAAUGUUCGAAAGGCGCGUAGGGGCGAUGAUGUUCUUCACGAUGACAUUCAUGGUUCCUAUCAUAAAAAGCACCCUGAAAGAAAUCCAGCUGAUGAAGUAUGGAAACAUGAUAUGUUUGAAUGUGAAGAAAGUGAAGGAGCUGAGGUUGCACAUGUUCGGGAUCAAUUAUAG